AUCAUCUCCCAUAUUUUUGGAAUUUUGGGCAAAAUUGCUAAUUGUCCACACGGAAAAACAAAGAAAGAAAAAUGGUGUUAACAACCACCUCAUGUCUCCACCCUCGGCCACCAACUGCCACUCCCACCACCACUCAACCGCCACCGUCCGCCAGACCAAAGAGGGAGAUUUCUUGGAGGAAGCAAUGUGUAGUUGGGAUGGCAUGUGUAAUAAUUGGUCUACAAAUGGAGGGUAUAGUAGGAAAUAGCCAUGAUCUUGCGAUCGCCAUUGAGCCGAAAGCCACUAUAGAGUCAAAGGUAAAGGGAAAGAGGUGGAGUAACAAAAGAAUAUGCCCGGCAUGGCAAUUGAAUUCGUUAGAGACAAUCGUGCCUGAAGAUCUCCCACGACCAUCAUCCAAGCGGCGAUGGGAGGCGGUUGGUAAUCAUUUAAGAGUUGCCCCGCCACAUAAAUCCUCCACCACCACCACCAUCACCUUGGUGGCUGGUGAUUGUUUCUCUUUGUAGAUUCUAGAUCACUUGGUAGAUAUCUAUAUACUUGUGGUUGUAAGCCUGUAAAUAUCAUACAAGAUACAUAUUUGUAUCAAAUACUUAGAUUGGAACAUUAUUCAACACAUUCUUAGUGACAAAAUUGAUCCCUUUUUUCUUCUUUCUUGAUUAAAAAUUCAAAAAGGGUUUGAUGUUAA